AGCGACGACUAGCCAGCGACCAGCGACCAGCGCAAAUCACCACCUCGUCGCCCAACCCUUCUCGCCCCGCGCAUCACACAUCAUGGCCGCUACCGCCGACGCUGCUAAGCAGCAAUCGAUCCUGCCUACGCUCAUCCCCCACCUCGACCGCCAUCUCGUCUUCCCUCUUCUGCAAUUCCUCGAGGACCAGGAGGAUGUCGACGAGCCCUCGCUCGAGCACACCAAGCUCAAGUUCGAGCUCCUCAAGCACACCAACAUGACCGACUUUGUCGGCGACCUGUUCGCCAAGAUCAACAACCUGGACGAGCGCCCGGAGGAGUACGUUCAAAAGCGCGAAGAGGUCCUCAAGAAGCGCGAGCAGCUGCAAGAGGAGUGCUCAAACAUCCAGGACCUGCUGGCCGACACCGAGGUUGUCAACAACUUGCGCUCCGACAAGGUCCAGAACUUGAACUACCUCAAGGAGAACCACGGCGUGACCUCUGAGAUGGUCGACGCUUUGUACGAGUUUGGUCAAUUCCAGUACAGCUGCGGCGACUACAACAGCGCGUCUGAGCUGCUCUACCAGUUCCGUAUUCUUAGCACCGAUAACGACAAGGUCUCGGCAGCAACAUGGGGUAAACUCGCCUCAGACAUCCUUACCACCAACUGGGAAUCCGCCAUGGAGGAGGUACAAAAGGUUCGCGAGAACAUCGACACACGCCUGUUCAGCAACCCUCUGGCCCAACUCGAGCACCGCAGCUGGUUGAUCCACUGGUCGCUCUUCCCCUUCUUCAACUACGAGCCCGCCCGCGACCAGCUCACCGACCUCUUCUUCUCCCCCACCUACAUCAACACCAUUCAGACCGCCUGCCCCUGGAUCUUGCGCUACCUCGCCGCUGCUGUCAUCACCAACCGCAACCGCCCCGCUGGCAAGAACGGCCAGAACUCGUACCAGAAGCAACUCAAGGAUCUGAUCCGCAUUGUCAGACAAGAGACCUACGAGUACAGUGACCCCGUCUGCGAGUUUGUCAAGGCCCUCUACGUCGACUUUGACUUUGAGGAGGCCCAGAAGAAGCUCGCCGAGGCUGACGAGGUUCUGCGCGGCGAUUUCUUCCUUGUCGCUACCAGCGAUGCCUUCAAGGAUGCCGCUAGACAUCUCAUCUCAGAAUCAUACUGCAAGAUUCACCAGAGAAUAGAUAUCAAGGACCUUUCCAAGCGUCUUGGUCUGUCCGAGGACGAGGGUGAGAAGUGGAUCGUCAACCUGAUCCGCGACACUCGCGUUGACGCAAAGAUCGACUACAAGGAGGGCACCGUGGUUAUGAACCACCCGCCACAGUCAGUGUACCAGCAGGUCAUCGAGAGGACCAAGGGUGGCUUCUUCCGCACCCAAGUCCUCAGUGCUGCCGUUGCCAGGUAAAUCUGAAAUCGGAACGAGAAAGUAAAAACAGGCAGCAGCAGAAAGCAAAAAAAGCAGCAAAAAGUUCUUCAAUCUCUCCUUUCACGAUACCUCAGAUUCCUCUUUUUUCUUUGCUAUGCAUGAAGGGAAAAGGGGAACAGACAUUUGGGGGCUGGGAUCAACCACCUUUUUUGUGUCAUGAUCAAAGCUAGGCGUUCUUAUGUUGUAUUUCAAGUUCAGGGGGUUUGAUCACAUGAAGUUAGAUGAGACAGUGCGUAAAGUUCAAGUCAAGCCAUUGUUAGACAAUGGUGGUAUUUGACGAGUAUAUGGACAUGAGACCAAUUCCUU